AUGGGGACACUUUGGGCACCAUUCCUGUUAUGCUUCAGUUUCCCCACCGUUGUGGGGUCGGGGGUGGCCAGGCUCAGCCCUGUUCCCCCCGCAGAGAUCCGCGAGGCCUUCAAGGUGUUCGACCGGGACGGCAACGGCUUCAUCUCCAAGCAGGAGCUGGGCACGGCCAUGCGCUCACUGGGCUACAUGCCCAACGAGGUGGAGCUCGAGGUCAUCAUCCAGCGCCUCGACAUGGACGGUGACGGACAGGUGGACUUUGAGGAAUUUGUGACGUUGCUGGGGCCCAAGCUGUCCACCUCGGGCAUCCCAGAGAAGUUCCACGGCACCGACUUUGACACCGUCUUCUGGAAGUGCGACAUGCAGAAGCUGACAGUGGACGAGCUGAAGCGACUGCUGUACGACACCUUCUGUGAGCACCUCUCCAUGAAGGACAUCGAGAACAUCAUCAUGACGGAGGAGGAGAGCCACAUGGGCACGGCCGAGGAGUGCCCCGUGGAGGUGGAGACCUGCUCCAACCAGCAGAUCAGGCAGACGUGCGUGCGGAAAAGCCUCAUCUGCGCCUUCGCCAUCGCCUUCAUCAUCAGCGUGAUGCUCAUCGCCGCCAACCAGGUGCUGCGCAGCGGCAUGAAGUAGCGCGGAUACGGGGCGUCCGUGUGGGUCUGGGGUGUCCAUGCAGGUCCAGUAUGGGAUGCACACCUACUGCAAGCAGACCCGCCGCAAAACACCCCGGGGAUGGAGAGAAAAGCCCGGCGUGGGGUGAGCGUGGAGCUCGCACGGUUGCCUGCAGGACGCAUUGACUCUGAGAGACACGCACACCAAACUAAACCCUCGCCAGCAAAUAGUGCAUGCAACGUGCAUGGAGCCCGUCUGCUGCCCCAUCCCUCCGAGCCGGGGCCACCGGUUGCACCACUAUAGCCUCUAUAGCUCGAUAUUUAUGAUAAAAACAAAACACACACAAAAAAAAACACACGAAAAACAAACAAACAAAAAACCCAACCAAACCAUCUCGUAAGCAAUACACCCCCGCCUGAGAUGU